CUCUCACUCUCUUCUCGAUCACAGUACAUCCCAUCAGAUUAGAUCAUUGGAUACUCUUUUCACCAUGGAUACACCCUCAGCACCAGAGCCACAACCUUCUGCCAUCCGUUACAUCCUCGGCUUCCUCCUCAUCGGAAUAGCCUGGGGUUUCACAACACCUUUCAUUCGAGCCGCCGCGCGUACUCACUCCCCACCGCCUCAUCCGAUCCUCGAUUCGCCAUCCGUAAAGAAGAGCUGGUUGAAAUCCAAAGUCUACGGAGCUUUUUUCGGCGUCGUGGAUCUGUUGAGGAACCCGAGAUAUGCGAUCCCACUUGUCAUUAAUUUGACCGGAAGCGUGUGGUUCUUCUUAUUGAUUGGAAAAGCUGAGCUAAGUUUAACCGUACCGAUAACGAAUUCGUUGGCUUUCUUGUUUACUGUGCUUGGAGACUGGUGGGUUGAUAGAAAAGUUAUCUCCAGGGAUACUUGGAUCGGGAUGGCUCUUUCAUUGGGAGGAAUUGCACUCUGCGUUCAAAGCAAGAACAAGUAAAUUGUUGAAUAGGGAGAUUGAAUUAAUGACUAGACUAUUUUGGAGAUAUCAACUUUUCGUGUACUUAGUGAAACCCCAGAAAUAAAAUUAUGUUGAAUCUUGCAAUGCGCCUGGCAAUGCUUCUAAUUGCAGUAUCCGGUACCAACAACGUGAAGUGAAGCGCCGUCCCAAUGCCCGCUCUUGCAAAUAAUGCAAUAUCCUUUUGCUCCGUGCAAAUGCAAUUACCAAUCCGUCUCUCAUGCUCAUAUCU